UCGAACGAAACGCUGCCACCUGAGGAACGUGGUGGGCUUCGCGAUGCACCUCUACGCUUUUGGCUCAAACGGGUCGGGGCAGCUGGCGAUCGGGCACAUGGAAGAUGUCGACAGGCCCGCGAGGUGUCUUUUCGCGGGGGACGAAUGCCCUGUACCAGCCUCGGGUGACGGAGAUAGCCUCAGUCCCAUGCAUCUCGUCGCUGGCGGGAAUCACACUUUGAUUCGACUACCUUCUGGGAGAGUGUACGCUGCUGGCUGCAACCUGCAUGGCGAAUGUGCCACGCACACCACAACCCAGAAUCUCCUCCGCUUCCAGCGUGUGGUGAUCACCAAUGCCGAUGUCACUCUUGACAGAGAGAUCUCCGUCUUCUCCUCUAUUUCUGCAACAUGGUCUGCCUCUUUUUUUGUAACCGUCAACAAGGACUCUAUUUAUGUGGCCGGGCAUGGUUCUAAGGGUGAACUUGGCCUAGGGGCAGGUUUGACGGAGAUAAAAGUGCCAACAAGGCUGCCAAACUUCCCUCCAGACGGUAGGCAGAUCAUCUCCAUUGCUAGCGGGAUGGGCCACACUGUAGUUCUCCUAGACGAUGGCGCGAUAUAUGGCUGGGGGACAGCCAGAAAGGGUCAGCUGGGAGUUGACAAGGUUAGUGAGAAGGCCGUUUGGUCUCCACAAAGGAUAUCAGUGGGUGAUAAUCUGCGUGACCAAAUUCGCGGGAUCAGCUGUGGUAGAGAAUUUACCGUACUCACCACCUCUUCGGCAAUUUCUUCUUCUUGCAGUACUUCAGCAGAAUCACUAUACAUCCUGGGCCCAGAUAAAUGGGCCAUAUCAUCUGCUGCUCCUUCUAUGGUAGCUCCAUAUAACUCACUAACUGCCAGCUGGCAUGGCGUCUAUUUACAUCUCUGUGAUGGAAAGGUGCUGGCUUGGGGCCGCAAUGAUCGAGGCCAGUUGCCGUCUAAUGCAAUGCCGGCCCUCGCUUACCUUGCCGUUGGAAGUGAGCAUGUUGUCGGUGCAAUCGACCGUAAGACGUUGAUUGCAUUUGGGUGGGGGGAGCAUGGUAACUGCGGUCCAGUAACUGACGAGCAAGGUAAUGUUACCGGCCGAUGGAACGAAAUCACAAUACCUUUAGAUGGCAGCAACAUUGAGGCUGUUGGUGCUGGAUGCGCAACGAGCUGGGUUAUGCUAUCAGAAUCUAAAUCCAGCUAG